GUCACCCAAAACGAGAGCCGAUAGCGACGCCGGUGUUUCACAUCCUUCCGUCGGCCGAGUGAGCAGCACACCUGUGACGGACAGCAUCACGAUGAGUGAAUCAGCCGAGGCGUUGUCCGCCAACCUCAAGAGCCGCAGAAACGUCACCAUAGAGAUCACCAACCUCACCAGCAGCUACUGCCUCAUCGACCCCAAGGUUUACCUGGACAGCGGCAACUGCCACAGCCCCCCCCAACCCACCGUGCGCACUCUGAAAACCGAGGUGUGCAACUUCAGCAAGACCAGCUCCAAGGCCACGGGCGCGGUGGGCGUCCUGACCUACGACCUGUACGAGAGGCAUAGCAACAGCGCCAAGGAGAAGCUGGCCAUCAUGUUCUCCGUGCCCUACGACAACAACAUGUACAAGAACUGGCUGGCGCUCGCCAUCUACAGCCAGGACAAGGAGUGCGACGAGGCGCUGUACAAGGAGAUGUACUACAACAAGGAGCCGCAGGGCUUCGUGAGGCAGGAGGCCAAUGGCUGCGGCCUCACGUUCGAGGGCCAGAAACUGGACAUCAAGGCCACCAUGUCCCCGAUGGGCCGGGCCAUGCUGAAGGUGGAGGUGUGGGACAAGCUCUUCACUCCGCAAAAACAUUGAGAGUUCAGCCCUCUGUAUGUCACUUUCAUGCAAUAAAUCAAGUCUGACGAGGAA